AUGGGUAGGUCACCAUGCUGUGAAAAAGUGGGCUUGAAGAAAGGCCCUUGGACUCCCGAGGAAGACAAAAAGCUCAUGGCUUACAUUGAAGAGUUUGGCCACGGAAGCUGGCGUGCCUUGCCUUCCAAAGCUGGCCUUCAAAGAUGUGGGAAGAGCUGCAGACUGAGGUGGACUAACUACCUUCGACCCGACAUUAAAAGAGGAAAGUUCAGCUUGCAGGAAGAGCAAACAAUCAUUCAACUCCAUGCCCUUCUUGGGAACAGAUGGUCAGCUAUAGCCGCUCAACUUCCAAAGAGAACCGACAAUGAGAUAAAGAACUACUGGAACACACAUCUGAAGAAGAGGCUAACCAGAAUGGGGAUAGACCCCACCACACACAAGCCCAAAACCGAUGCGCUUGGUGGUUCCGGUGGUUGCCAAUCAAAGGACGCAGCCAACCUCAGCCACAUGGCGCAGUGGGAGAGUGCUCGUCUCGAAGCCGAAGCAAGAUUGGUGAGAGAGUCAAAGUUGCAAGUCCAGAACAACCUUGGAUCCUGCUCCAACACACAACCCGCGAGGCUCGUCCUCAACAAAAUCACUACGCAGCAACCUUCUCUACCACCCUGCCUCGACAUCCUCAAAGCAUGGCAAAGCUCAUGGUCCAAGCCGCAAGCAGGAAGCAAAGAAAGUAACACCAAAAUGAUGCACAGCAUGUACGCCAUGAUGCUAUCCAGUGAAGACACUUUAGAGUCUCCAACCUCCACGUUGUGCUUUCCAGGAACAACCCCAACUAUGCUUCCUGUCUCCAACAGCAACAACAACAUUGGAGUACUGUUCAAUGAAAGCAACAACAUGUUUCCUCUCUCGAGCACAAACAUGGAUAGUGGGUUCAUGAAAGAGAGCACAGUGUUACAUUUGCAAGACGACGAUAUUAUGGCGGCUGUGGAAGCAUUUAGAGCCACUACUACAGGGUACGACAGCAAUAAUAAUGUUGUUCCUCCCACACUCUCCAACGGUGUCGUCCUCGAAGGACUCAACAAUGAUGAACCGUUGAUUUAUGAGUCCAACGAUAACUUGGGCACGGAUGAAGAAAGCAUGGCAAUGUUAAACGGGGAAGGAAGCCUCUGCAACGUGAACCUGGAAGAGAAUAACAAGCAUUACUGGAAUAACAUAUUUAAUUUGGUGAAUGAUCCCUUGACUGGUUCCUCUGUCUUCUGA